GACAUACCUUCCGAAUUCGAAGUGCUCCAGCCGGCGGCAACUCCCGUUUGCCCAAUCAGCCUAUUCCCGAGUGUCUCAGUGCUGUUCAAAGCGCCCUAUCGAUAAUGGAGAAAAAAGGGUGUCCCUGUGCGCCAGACGGAAAACAGUCGGACGCUUGUAAUGCUAAUGGGCAUCCUUCCCAAGGAUCCGGACAACACGUUUCACAGAAUGGCGGCCCACCCGCUGGCCGUCGUCCGCCAUGCGGCCCAGGUCCACCCAUGGGCCGUCGGGGGCGGUGCGGACCAGACCCAUGUGGAGAACAACUGUGUCCGAUUAGCAAGUCAGGUGGUGCUGGAGGUGCUGGUACCUCUGGCCGUAGACUACGUGGUCCUGCAGAUGAGCUAGAUGAUGACCGGGUUGUUGCCUUUGGACCUGAUGGUGGAUAUGGCGUUGGCCCGAACGGAGAGCGUUACGGUGAUCCUGUCGGUGUUCGUGGCGGUAAACCUGGCACUGGUCCUGAUGGUGGCAGCGGUGGAUACGGCGGCGGUCCAACUGAUGCUUCUGGCAAAGGCAUUGACAGCGGAUUUGGCGCCGGUUCUGGCAAAGGCUACAACAAUGGUCGAGGCGGUGGCCCAGGCACAGGCACAGGCACUGGGAGCGGAUAUGGUGAAGCUCCUGGCCAAGGACCUGAGAGUCGUACUCUGGGCUUCGGACAAGGCCCAAAUCCCAAAAGAGAAGAAACAGCAUUACCUGGAGGCCGCUUGUCCAUGGCCAUAGCUGUGGGGCUCUUUGCCGUAGGAGUCGCUUCGACCAUCAAGCUAGGAGCUUUGGCCAACGAGAUGGGCUAGGAUCGCUAGCAGGGGUUUAUUAUAUUUAAAAGUUUGCAACAAGGACGACAACAAGUUUACACAAUAUCCAGGACACAAUUAAUCCAAGCAUCACUUACAAGCAGGCGCUUAUGUUUGCCAUUCAAAUUCUAAAUUAGAGCAGUUCCAAGGAGUUUA